AUGACCUCCUCGCUCUCGCAGCAGUAUGCAUACCGUGGUCAAAAGGUUCUCGGCCUAGUUGGUGGUACACCAAAUUACGAAUCGUUAGACGGAUUCCAAGUGCCCGAUGUGCCAGCUCGCACGUACCGCUACAGCCCCGACGGUCGCCUGUAUGCAUAUGCUGUCCCAUCUUGUGUUCGGAUCUUCCAGGCAGAGAAUGCGCAGCUGCUCCAAGAGCUUCCGCUCCCGAACAUUGUCGAGAUCAAUUUCUCCCCGCGAGGCACUUACUUUUCGACUUGGGAACGGCCAGUCAAGCUCGAGGAUGGAGCCCAACACAAGAACUUGAGGGUCUUUUCCGUCUCGACUGGAGAGGAACUUGUGGCAUUCACGCAGAAAUCACAAGAGGAGUGGGAUCUGCAGUACACCAUUUCUGAAUCCCACGCGAUUCGGCUGGUAGGUCAGGAAAUACAAGUAUUCCGUCCUGCAGAAUGGUCAAGCGGCGUUGUGGACAAGCUCAAAGUGGAAGGUGCAACGAGUGUCGUGUUGAGCCCGGGACUCAACCCUUCCGUUGCAAUUUUUGUUGCUGGGAAAAAUGGAGCGCCUGCAAGCGUGAAGAUCUACAGUCUCAUGGGCCUCAAUGCACCACCUACAUGUCAGAAAAUGUUCUUCAAAGCUGAUAAGUCGCAGAUCAAGUGGAACACUCUUGGCACGCAGGUAUUGGUCUUGACGCAGACGGAGGUGGAUCAGGCGAACAAGAGCUAUUAUGGAGAAACUGGCGGGUUCUGCAUCUUGAGCGCCGCGGGUAAUUUUGACUGUCGCAUCACGCUUGACAAGGAAGGUCCCGUCCAUGACUUUACAUGGAGUCCAAACUCGAAAGAGUUUUCUGUGAUCUAUGGGUUUAUGCCUGCGAAGGCGAUGCUUUUUGACCAACGAGCCCGAACACUCCAUGAUUUUGGCACCGCUUUCUGCAACUUCACUUCAUUUAACCCACAGGGACGGCUCCUUGCAAUGGCCGGAUUUGGUAAUCUCGCUGGCAAGGUCGACAUCUAUGAUCGUCGAACGCUGGCCAAAGUUACGAGCAUCGAUGCAUCGAAUACGUCUCACUGUGAAUGGUCACCGGACGGCCGAUUCCUCCUCACCGCGACACUGUCCCCACGGCUACGAGUGGAUAACGGCAUUAAAAUUUGGCACUGCACGGGUCCUCUGGUACAUGUUCAUCUUAUCGAUGAAUUAUACCAGGCGUCAUGGCGACCCACACCCGUCGACGCUGCACCUCCCUUCCCGCAGAACAUCCCGCCGUCUCCGGCGCCGGCGUCUAGUGUUCUGGAGCUUGCCGCGGUUGCGAAGCCUGCACCCACGAGACCUGCUGGGGCGUAUCGUCCGCCUGGUGCCCGCGGUCUAGAAGCAUCUUCUGCCUACAAGCGUGACGAAAAUUCCUCGAGUGCGCCCUCGACACCUAAUGGCCGUUAUAGUCGCAGCCCCGCGCCGGGACGUGUGAACACAAACGGUCGCCGACAUGUCCCAGGUGCCCCUACAUCGCCGUCGCCUGUUCGUAACGGGGCUGAUCCAGAUCGGAGGGGGCGCAAGCGGAAGGGUGGUAAGAAGGACAAGGAGGGUGGAGAGGACACUCCUCGACCGUCGAUUGAUAUCCACAUCAACGGGGCCCCAGAGGCGGCGCCUCUGAGUCCUGUUAAUACUUCUGUUCCACCCACUCCCAGCGUCGAUGCUGCCAACUUGGAUCCCACGGCCAAGAAGGUUCGCAAUCUAAACAAAAAGCUCAAAGCCAUUGAGGAGCUCAAGGAGAAGGCCAAGAAGGGGGAGCGAUUGGAGGCCACGCAGGUGAAGAAGAUAGAUACGGAAGUGGAAAUCCGCAAGGAGCUCGCGGCGCUUGGUAUCACGUCAUAG